GAUCGAGCCAGUCGUCGUUUGUCGCUUGACUUAACGGUUCGUAUUUACUUGCAACGCGCUUGCUCUCCCGGGUAAAACUCUGUGCCUCUUUCUCAGCGCCUAUUCAUCCGCCAUUAAAAUUGAGCGCUCUUGAGAAGUUCUAGUUGAUAAAAAAAAUUUAAAAACAGAAAAUUGAAGUGCGACAGCUAAACGGUUUAAUUAAGAAAGCACUCUCACUAGAUAAGUGCAGACACAGGAGAGCGAGCCUUUCAAUAGGAGACCACCCGUGGCUGGCUGAUUUACAGGAAGGAACAGAUAAAAGAGGAAAAGCAGCAACAUGGGUAAAGCUCAGAGCAAGCGUUCGAUCGACAUCACCACCGAUCCCAAGAAGGUCGCCGAAGGGGAUGCGGUAGCGGGAAAGGUAGAAAAGAUCGAGGAUCCCGACCAGAAGGCGGCCGCGCCGGCAGUGAAUGGUGAUGCGGCCACGCCCAAGGAGUCGGCUGGUGAGGAAGGAGCGGCCGGCGAGAAAAAGGAGUCUGAGGAGCACUCGGAGAACGAUAAAGAUCUGACCACCGAGAAGAGUACGGCCGCAGCAGGUGAGGGCGCCUCUGGAGAUGUGGCAGCGGCCGAAACGCCGAAAAGCGAUGCCUCCCCAGAGGGCUCGUCUCCCAAGGAGGCAGCCGCCGGCGAGGAUAUCUCCCCCUUGGCAGACGAGAGCAUCAAGUCCAAGUCCAAGAAGGAUAAGGUAAAAAAGAAGUGGUCCUUCCGCAGCAUCUCGUUUGGCAAGAAGGACAAACAAAAGCCAGCCAAGUCCGAGGAGCCCGUCUCCCCGACAUCGGCCACAACAUCACCGACCACGGCUGAGGCAGCAGCUCCUGCCGCCGCCGCCGAGCCAGCGGCCACAACAAACGGAGAAGCCGAGCAGCCCGCAGCAGCAGCAGAGAAUGCCAGCGGUGCGCCUGCCACUGAGACCACGUCCAAGGAUGAAGCAAAGCCCGCUGAAAAUGGUUCGGCGACCGAGAAGGAGAAACAGGCCAACGGAGAGGGGGAGAAGGCGGCGCCAUCGCCAGCAUCAACAGUCGUUGAAGCGGAAAAGCCCAAGACCGCUGAAGAACCAAUCACUGCCACUGUCACUGCCACCACCACCGAGACGAAUGUUGUUGCCGCCGCCGCAGUCGCCACCACCACCGAAGAAGCCGUCAAGGAGAGGCAGCCAGAGCCCGCCGAGGUUGUGACCAAUGGCCAUGGAGGAGCUGCAGCUGCCGGCGAGGCGCUGACCAAUGGCGAUAGCAAUGGUCUGUCCGACUCACCCGUAACUGAGGCAGCAGCAGCCGAGAACAUUCCAAGCAGCGUUGAUGUGGAGCCACACCAGAAUGGCACAAACGGUGUCUCUUCCGGCAGUGCCACGCCACCGCCCACACCCGUUGCCGUCACUGCCGCCGAGUCCUCUGAGGCCGAACAGAUCAAGAACAAGUCGCAAAUUGAGGUAAACCCCACCACCAACACAGACACCACCACCACCACUUUCAACUCCUCCAACGCACAACACAACAACAACACUGUAAAUACAAGUACAAAAACAACAACCGAAAACGAAACCGAAACCACAGAGAACACCACAACAACUACAACCACUACAAAAACCACCUAUGAGACCGAGACUGUUGUAGCAGCCGCAGAGAUAGUUCAGACCCAAACAAUCCUAACCAAUACGAUCCUCCAGGCAGCAGAAGCAGCAGAAGAAGAAGCUCAAGUCGUUGAGGCAAUCAUUCAAGCGGUUAGUAGCGAGGUGGAGGCCGAUGCCGAUGCCGAUUCCGAGGGAUUCGUUGUUGUUGACCCCGAAACCGAAACUGAAUCCAAAACUGAACCCGAAUCAGCACUUGAGUCCCCCACUGAACCAGAGACACGUGAAGCUGUUGUUCCCGUUUCCCCUGUAGCCGAAAUUCCAGUCGAUACAGAGUCUGUUUCAGAGCCCAGCUCUGAUCCUGCCACAGCCAUUGACGAUGUAGUUGUUGAGGUGCGAAACAGCAGUCCGCCACCGUUGCCCAAGUCGCCGCCACCCUCCCGUGUCUCUGCGUUUGUCCUAGCCGAGGAUGCAAUCGACGAGCCAGAACAGACGCAGACACAGGCUCAGGCACAGGCCUCACCGACUGAGGCAGAACGCUCUGAAAUUGAGAAGCAGGCCAUCAGCAUUGUGGAUGAAAUAACCGAACAGGCAGCCGAUAUUGUGACCGAAGACCAAAAAGAUAAGCUCGCAGAGGACGAACUAGAGCAGCUGGUGUCCUCCCCAGCGAUCGUCGUCGAGGAAACAAUCGAAAUCGCAUCUUCCACGUCCAUAGAUGGUAAUGAAGUGCCAGCCGAGCCGACACCAGCGGUUGAUGAUGAUGAAGAGAGCGAGCCGAGAGCGCCAGAACAGGAGCAAAUCGUUGAAUCGCAAAGCGAUGACGACAGUAUUGUCGAUAACAUCAUCAGCGAUCAGGCUGCUACGCUCAUCACUAAAAUUGGGGAACUGCCACAGGUGGAUGUCCGAGUGGACGAAGCAGAGGAAGAGAGCAACAACAAGGAUAUCGCCAAGGAUCUGAAGGAGAAGAAUGCCGCGGCAGACCAGACAACACAGGAACUGCCCGUUACAUGCGAAUAAUCCUACUCAUAAUUAUUAUAUAUAAUAUUACAUAUUAUUAAAACAGAAAACCAACAAAAAAAA